AAGACAUCUGCUCCCUGCUACCAGCUGGGAGACCUGAAGGAGUCUUCAAGCAGAACAGUGCGGACACAGAGGACAGCGGCUCGAUGGGUUUCUGAACAUCUCCAGCACUGAGAGGGGCAGCCCCUCAUCCACAAAGGGCAGAAUGGCUCAGGAUAUGACAGAGAAGGAACUGCUGAAGAUGGAACUGGAUCAGCUGAAGAAGGAGGUGAAGAACGAGAGGCAAAUGGUCUCCAAGACCGGCAAAGAGCUCAAGGAGUACAUCGAAUCCAUGGCAGGAGAGGACCCGCUGUUGAAAGGCGUCCCUGAGGACAAGAACCCCUUUAAGGAGAAGGGUGGCUGUACGAUAAGCUGACACCCUUCCUCCUCCUCCUGCAGCGCCCUGCUUGGGCACAGAGCCGUUCCCACGCGCAAGCCAAGACUGUCAGAAACCUGCUUUCCCUGUAGCGUGACCUCAGCACCGGGGAGUCCCCAAAGAAGAUCCUAGUAGCAGCAGAAAAAAAAAAAAAAAAA